AUUAUUAAUUGCCGACUGCCUUGGCACGGGCCCUCCUGUUGUGUCUGGCCUGUCAAACGCAUCCGCAGAUGAAACCUGACGUUUGCCAGCUUGUCGAGUUAUUAGGGGUGUUGUGGUAUCCCGUAGAGACCUCAGCUGCGAUCGGGGCGGGGGGAGGGCGUCCUGCCGGGUGAGAGCCAGUCCCGUGCUCCAAAGAGCUCACAGCCUAAAUAGACCAAAGAGGGGAGGGGAAAAAGAGGCACAGAGCCCCAGUGCUUUGCCCAAGGUCGCCCAGAGGCUGAGCUGGGAAACAGAACCACGGCCCUCAUCUGCCCCCUGUGCUCCGGCAGAGCUGGGUCACCAGCAAGCCCUGAUUCUCCCCCCAACCCGCGCCCCGUUCCCGAGCAUGCUGACACGGCCGCGCCGGAGCCUUGGAGUGUAGAUGCCACGUCCAGCGGCAGCAGCGCGUUUCUGGCAGCAUGAGAACAUCCCCUGCCCGGGCGACGGGAGCGUCCGACCUAGCUGCGUCUACACCAGGGACAGACAGACAGACAGGGAUGUCCUGCAGGAACGUGUUGCUGACUGGCUGCUCCUCCGGGAUCGGGCUGGCUCUGGCCGUCCGGCUGGCUAAAGAUGAGCUGAAGAGAUUCCGAGUCAUCGCCACCAUGAGGAACCUGGACAAGCGGGAGGCCUUGGAGAAGCAGGCGGGGCCGGCGCUGGACAAGACCCUGGAAAUCCGCCAGAUGGACGUGACCAGCGAGGAAUCCAUCCGGCGCUGCGUGGAGGGCAUUCCCCAGCGGAGAGUGGACGUGCUGGUGAACAACGCGGGGCUGGGCAUGAUCGGGCCGGUGGAGAGCCAGAGCGUCGCUGCCAUGAAGAGUCUCUUUGACACCAACUUCUUCGGGCUGGUGCGGCUGGUGCGCGAAGUUUUCCCCGACAUGAAGCGCCGGCGCCGGGGCCACGUCGUGGUGAUGAGCAGCGUGCUGGGGCUGCAAGGCCUCAUCUUCAACGACAUCUACUCCGCCUCCAAGUUCGCUGUGGAGGGUUUCUGUGAGAGCUUGGCCCUGCAGGCGCUGAAGUUUGGCGUGAACAUCAGCCUGAUCGAACCUGGGCCGGUGGUGACCGAGUUCGAAAGGAAACUCUACGAAGAAGCCGCCUGCAUGGACCUGUCUGCCGUUGACCAGGAGACACUGGAUAUAUUCCAAGGCUUCUACAUGGCCUAUUCCAAGGAAGUCUUCACGGUGCUGGGGCAGUCGCCGGACGAGGUGGCUGAGCACACGGUCAAGGUGAUCAUGGCAGAGAAGCCGCCUUUUCGCUACCAGACCAACAGCCUCUACACGCCCAUGACCACCCUGAAACACGCCGACCCCACCGGGAACCUGCCUCUGAACGCCUUCCACCAGAUGAUCUUCCAGCACGACCGGCUCUUCAAAGCCAGCCUCAGCCUUCUCAAGAUGCUGCAGUGGAGGAAGAGGAGGGACGUGUCCUAUAACAAGUCUCCUUGAGACGAAGGCACCAAUCCCCUUCCUCCUCCUCCUCCUCCUCCCUGGACAACACAGGCAGCUCCAGCUAUAGAUCUCCCCCCGCCCUCCCCGCCCCACUCCCAUGCUCUGUAGCACGACCCUAGCUUCCAGUGUGGACAGCCACUGUAAAAGCACAAAACCUUGGACCGAGGGGAGGUGCUAGCACAGUGAGUGAUGUGGGGAGCGGGGAGGAGGCAUUGUGUUUAGGAGCAUGGAUCUACCAGGGGACUAGCAACACCUCCUCUUUGCCCUCUUUUUAACCAGCUGAUUCUUUUGUAUCAUUUUUUUUAAGUACAUUUGGGGUUUUAAAAGGAUUAAAAAAAAAAAAAAAAAAACCUUUCAAAACGUAGAGGAGUGAGGCCCUGCUGUAGGGUAGGCCCCAGGAGCCCUGACUCUCACUCCCCUCCCAGGGCUGGAGAUGGGACCCGGAGUCCUGACCUCUCCCAGGGCUGGGGAUUGAACCCAAGAGUCUGGAUGCCUGGCCCAAUGCUCUAACCACUAAGCACCACUCCCCUCCCACAGGUGGGGCUAGAUCCCUGGAUGUAUUGAGUUGUCUUCCCCACCCGAGACCCACGUGUGGGAGUGGGCCCAGCUGUGCUUCCACCAGGGGGUGUGAUAGACAUCCUGCAUGAGGCGGCAGCCCAGCAGGGCUUGUGCCCUGGCAAAGGGAGCGACGGGGCAUCAGACUGUCCCCCCGACACUAUGGGGGAGGCCUGUAGGAAGAUGGCGGGGUGGCUGGUUCAGGGAGGGGAUGACUACCGUACUUGCUAGAGUUAGGGGCAGCAUGUUUGCCAGCAGGCUACUAAUGCAGCCAGACUUGGAAGACACUCAACUAGGGUUUGAUGCGGCCCAUGGCCCCAGGUUCAAGUGGGUUUAGUGGCGGGGCUGGGGGCAGUGAAGCAGUUUAGCUGGCACGUCCCAGGGGGCCGCAACAGCUCCCAAGAGGGGGUGAGUAUUUAGUCUGCAGCAUUUUCCUCAGCGUGCUGCACCCUCUUAAGGCCAGGCUCCUGAUCUCCCCCUCUCCUCAAUCUCCCCCUUGGGGUGGCAGCUGGCCCCCUGCCCAGCACCUGCGGUAGCGCUGGGACCAUGUGCCUGUGUUGUAGUGUGUGCAAUGACUCACUCCCCCAGCAGCUGUUCAGGGCCAGGGCCGCCCAUCCGAUCAACCUGUAGGGGUGCAGGAGUCCCUCUCUCAAUAAACAGAAGUGCCCGAG